AAAAGACAAUAGACGUUUUAAUGCACAAAGGUAUAAGAGUAUCGAUGCAGUUAAUUGAUAAAAAUGGCGAUGAGCGACUCGAGACUAGCUUGCUGCAGUGGAUCGCUCCGGUCGGAGUACUAUUGGAGUGGGCUUGCGACAAUAGCGAGAUUGUUCUAGAAACGGCGUCCAAGAAAACGCUAUUUGAUUCAAUGCACAUGUGGCUUAUCUUGGAAGACGAGAUAUCGAAUGGAAAUAAAAACAAAACCUCUAUGGAUAUUUUAAAACGAAUGAAUCUAAGUGUCGAUGCUGAUGUUGUUGUAGCUACAAAUAAGGGGGAACACUACGAUUUGAUAGAUGUGUUUAAUUUCGGUAAGAUUCAAGGUAACGAUUUGGAGAAGAAAUACAUAGGGAGUUGGAGUCCGGGAGGAGGUCUGAACGUUUCGUUGAGCGGAUUCAAAUAUUAUGAUCGCUGGGAUUUCCACAAUUUGACGCUGCGAGCCAUAUCUGUGAUUUUGGACCGCCCUAAAGUGUUUAAGCCGGAAAUGUUAUUAGAUCUAGGCUAUACAGUCGGCGUGUCGGUGAUGACUAAAAUCGUCACCCAGCAACUGUGGGUGCUUAAAGAAAUGCAUAAUUUUAGAUUUAAUUAUACGAUCGCCGGCCGGUGGAUCGGUUCUCCAAAACGUAAUUCUACUUUGGCGGUCACCAAUUCCCUGUUCUGGGGCGAGCAAGACAUUUCGUGCACUUGCGCCAGGAUAUUCACACAGUGGUUGGAUUGGGUGGACGUAUUCUUUCCACCGGCUACUAGACUAGAGACAAAGUUCUAUUACUUAAUCCUGGACAAAGGCGUGGGAGAUUAUGAGAAUCGGUUCUUAACGCCACUCUCUGCCGGAGUCUGGUGGUGCACCAUCAUUGCGUGCGUGGCUUGCACUGUGAUAUUAGCUAUAACCGCAGUCCUGGAAGCCAGAGACGAGCCGGGUCUAUAUGCUGCUUUUAGCGUAUUUGCGGUUAUUUGUCAACAAGCAUAUGAAGACGGAGUGCAGUUGUUCGAAGAAGCUACUUCGAGUCAGGGUCGUCGUUUAAUUCUUCUAGUAGUAGGACUGAUGAGCAUGCUCUUGUACAACUACUAUACUAGCAGCGUGGUGUCCUGGCUACUCAAUGCUGCGGCGCCCACUCUGGCUGAUAUGGAUGCCUUGAUCAGCAGUGAUUUGGAACUUGUGUUUGAAGAUAUCGGAUAUACGAGGGGUUGGCUCGAUAAUCCCGGAUUCUUUUACUACAGCGGUUAUAAAAAUCCAAAGGAAGAUUAUUUGAGAAUGAAGAAAGUGACAAUGGCAAAAAGAACAACAGCACUUCUACAACCAGCGGCUGCCGGAAUAAAUCUGAUUCGAACGGGGGACUACGCGUAUCACACCGAACCCUAUACAGCGUAUCAGGUCCUAUCUAAGACGUUCGAAGAUAAGGAGUUAUGUGAACUAGGGUCGUUGCAGAUGAUGGCACCCGCUCAUGUCUACAUAAUGGCGCAAAAAAGGAGCCCGUAUAAACAAUUUUUCGUUUGGAGUUUGAUGCGCCUCUUGGAGCGAGGUCACACGUCCGCAGUCCGCGCGCGAGUGAGCGGCGACGCGGCCCGCUGCUCCGGCCGCACGCCGCGCGCGCUGGCGCUGGCGCAGGCCGCGCCCGCCUUCGCUGUCCUCGCUCAAGUGGCAGUUGUUUCCUUAGUCAUUUUACUGUGCGAGAUUUAUCGGCACAGAGCCCAAGGCAAAAAACAAGUCGGAGGAGCGCUCAAUAAUCGCGAACAUAACGCACAAGAGGCACGACGGAGGACUGAUUCCCUGGGAGCAUAAAAAAACAAUAAAGGGAAAAUAUUUGAUGGCCCGAGC